CACUAAUACAGGUGUCGAAAGCACUCCCUAAGGACUUCGUUCUCGGACAAGUCAAGGAAGUAAAAUUUAAAAAGGAAAGUGAAUAAAUAAAUAAAAUUCAAAAACUGGACAACUGGAAGGGCUCGCCGCCACAGGAACAGCGAGCAAGGGGUGAUCGUAAAAGGUCAUGAGCAUGUGCAAGGGUUCGGGAACAACCUCUGCCGAAUGGGACAUCAACGACAAUAACAUUCCGAAGGUGACUAGCUACGACGCAUUCCAGGAAUGGUCGGAUGGGCAUUGUCGCUUCGUAUACAGACCAGACUGCGAAGAAGCGAGGAGGCACGGCUCUGGAUGGGCAAUGCGCAAUACCAAUAACCACAACGUACACAUUCUCAAGAAAUCAUGUCUUGGAGUGCUGGUAUGCAGCGCCCGUUGCACUUUGGACUCGGGAGAUAAAGUCCAUCUCAGGCCAGCUAUAUGCGACAAGGCCAGAAAGAAACAGCAAGGAAAGCCUUGUCCCAACCGUAAGUGCACAGGUCGCCUCGAAGUUUUGGCUUGUCGUGGUCACUGUGGUUAUCCCGUCACUCACUUCUGGAGGCAUACGGAACACGCCAUAUUUUUCCAAGCCAAAGGUAGCCACGAUCAUCCGAGGCCAGAACCCAAAGCUACUGCAGAGGCCCGAAGGACGCUACACUCUCCACUACAAGUACACAGGCGAACCAAAACGCUUCAAGACGCACUAGGGCUGGAAUUACAGCUUCCAUUAAAGGAAAACAAAAGACCAGACAUACAUCCAGCGUGGAGAAGAAAUAGUUCUUAUGAAAGCAGCAAAAUUGCGAGGCUGGAGAACCAGCUACAAAUAUCUAGGAAAAAUGGAGAUACUCAGUGUUCUUGUCCUCCCUUUGAAUGCCUAUGUUCCAAGAACUACACAUCAGGUUGCCGCUCCUUCUCCGGUUUGAGUAAAGACGAAGCGGUGUCGUACGGAGAUCUAACAGCCAGCGGUUUGGAUCACGUACAGGCGGAUUGUUCUGUCUUCCAAGCUAUCGACAAGAUGCUAGAGGACGUAGCCUGUUCCUACGGCCAUUCCACGUCUUACCGACUGGCCGCAAAAGUCGCUUCGGAUUUCGACCAGGCGUACUACAGCUCUUUUGCUGAUGGUUAUGAAGCGGAAAUAGAGAGAAUGAAUCAAAGCUUCUACCCGUCCUGCGAACUCUACCACAGUCACCCUACAGUCAAACCUAGCCACCACUUGACGGAUUCACACCUACUUCAUCCGCCUCCUCCACUUUUACAUCAUAACGGCAACGAAGAUGUCUCAACUUCUUUUUCUGACGAAUGUCCCCUCACUCCUAUCCCUCAUACUUCUAGCAGCAAAACUGAUAUAUUCUCAACGUUUCCAGAAAUCGAAGAUGUUACACAUCCGUCGGAUAUCUUGGUGCUAGACCAGCCUCUGAGAAAAACUGGUGCGUGGUCUGAGAGAAGUGAUAUUCAAGAACACAACAACCAAGUGGCCCUCACAGAAACUUAUGGACAUCAGAAUCACCAAGAUGAUGUCAUGAAGGACGAUUAUGGGGUAACUAUGGACGAUUUCGAUGCAUCUCAGAGGUUCUUUGCCGCUAUUGAAAACAUAUUACAAGAUUGCGGGAAUGCGGAAUCCUUUGUUACGCAAAUGGACACUACGAGAGAAUUAGAAAAAGGUCCUGACCAAAUACAAGUUUCUUGGGAAAACAAUCCUACCCUUUCCUCUUUCUUCAGCCAUCCCCAGCAACCUUCCAUCACAGAGAUGGGCUACUCAGAGAGCGAAUUCUGUGAAUUAGUGCCCAAAAAUGAUCCUUUUACAGACCAAAAGAUGGGACCUGGAACUUCCUACAGCUCUGUGUUCUCCAUAAGCUUACAACAAGCCCAACCCUCUUGUACGAGAAGUAUGGAUUUGGAGCUUACGGACUCGGAACUUAUUCUACCACAUCAAACUUCUGGACAUCAAGUGCCUUUUUGAAAGACGUUUUUUUCUGUACCUCAUCACAUACACUAAAUUUCGUGGCUUUUUUUUACCUCUCGAAUCAAAUAGUUUACAAGGAGUUGAAACAAUAUCUUCUUUACAGAAAUUGUUGCUGUAUUCUUAGGUACAUAGACAGUCAUAAAGCAAAGGACAUACAAUCUCCUGGGCAUGAUAUGUCAGUUUCAUGGACAUGAAAUCUCAUGAGCACAGAAAAUAUUAACAUUCAGAAUUAUGAAAUAUUGUGUGGAGGUCAAUAUACCUGUUAAUUUCACAGAAAUUAUUUAGAUAAUCAAUUAUUAUUUUUCCUUUUUUUAAACACUUAAUUAUCCUAAACUUCCUAAAAUAAUUACUGCUACUGUCUACAUUCCAUGGUUUCAUGGCUCAUGACAAUCGAGGAAAUAGUCUAUAUCAAUCUUUUCAGCUGUUACUAGGACAACUACUAGUAGGCCAAGAUAAUGAAAUCAUCGUGGCUUACUAGGAACUUACUAAGCAAAUUUACUAGGCGACUACUAGGGCCAAGAUGAUGAAAUCAUCAUGGCUUUAGUAGCUUUUGCCAUGCGCUGUUUUGUAAUCAGAGAUGCAAAUAUUACGAACGGUAGCCUUGUCUUUCAAGAAACGCCAGAAAUCAUCUGAUACCAAUUCAAGAUAACUAUAUUAUAUAAUUUAAGAGAACUUAUUUCUCCUUCUUGAAUGAGCUUUUUAUACAAAUGAAACCAAAAGAUACCAAGAAGAAUAAAAUUAAAACUUAUCUGGUUAGGAUUGUGUCUUAUACAAUAAAAGCAUCGGACAUAUCGGAUAGCAUCAUUUUAAUAAUAAGUGUUAUGACCAGUGGAAUCAUCGUCUGUAGAAACACAUCGACAAUGGCAGUGAUUAUGUUACAAAAUAUUAAAUAACUAAGUUUUUGAAGGAAAAAUAAACAAAAAUCAAAUUCUAAAUUAUUUCUGUGGGAUCAGAAACGUCUGUUGGUCAUCCAUGUAGCUAUAAAUAAUACUUUUCUGGAGUAGUCAUAAGUACUACCUUACAGUGCACUAGUCAAAAGUUCCUUAUGGUAAUGUCAUUUUUUAGCGCACAGGAUUUUUUUUCUGCUGAGUAGAAAGAAAUAAUUGUGCAUUUCCAUUAAAACAGCAACUCUAUCUUUUACCGUGUAGAAUACUGGUUUCCAAAAGUUUUGUUUGUGAACCCUUAAGUUCAGAGUUAUUUCAAGUUAUUUUCUAGUAUUUCUGUUAUGAAUUGUCAGCAAUCAAAGCGUCAUAUUCUUUGAAGUCUAUUUAUUCCACUAGGAAAGAAAUUUAUGCUAUGUAGAACAGAAAUAGAAAACUUAGUAAUGUAUUCUCGAGGACCUAUCUAUCACCACCAGAGUGCAAGAGCGUGCCCGUUUUGGACCACUGAAUGUGUAAAAUAGGCUACAUGAGUAUGGUCCUCGCAGCAUGGUAUUUGUUUACUGCUUUAUUUUUUAUAGUUUCCAGGGAAUAGAGAAAGACAAUAGAAAAAUUAAAUUUUUAAUCUAUAAAAACAUAAUAAAAACUUACAUUCUAAUUAAUUAGUAAAAGCGGAUUUUAAAAUUUCUCGCAACUGAAGAAAGACUAUAAAAAUAUUUCACGAGGAAAUAAACGACUAAACUAACAAGAAAAGAAAGAGGGAAAUAUAUGUAUAAUCAUGAAGCAAUGCCAUACAGGUGAAAAGGAGGUUUGUAAGAAUGCCCAAUACUAUAAAGUGUUAGAAAAACAUUUCGCUUUCGUACUGUUUAUUUAAAUAUAAUUUGUGAAUUUUAGUUUUUUAAAGAAUAAAAAUAUUUUAAUCGCUAGGAAAUAUUUCAAAGAAAACUUUUGAAUCUAAAUCAUUUUGAAUAUUCAACGUCCUUCUUUUUUAAAAAUUCCUGUAUUUCCCCCUUCCCCAGAACUUAUGUCAAAUGAAUUGUAAAAAUGUGUGAUCUGAUGAAUGAUGUUAAAGUGUAACAUUAAUUUAAGUUAAUAAGGAAUCUAAAAAUGAAUGUAAUUGCUUAUGUAUAUAAAAAAGUUCUAAAAUAUGUUCAGAAAAUAAACUUAUACUAGUCACGC